AUGGGUGGCGUGGUGGCGUCGGUGGCGGCAACGCUGCUCGUCGUCCUUGGCGUGGCGUCGGUGGCGACGGCGCAGUUGGAGACCUGCAACGGCGACCUCCCGCCCGUGCUCGCCGCCAACUACUCCGGACUGGCCUGCCAGCCGGUCUGGAACAACUUCGUGCUCCGGUACCACCAGGACAAGAACAACGUGCUGCGGAUCGUGCUGUCGACGAUGUACAGCACGGGGUGGGUGGGCAUGGGUUUCUCCAGGGUCGGCCUGAUGAUCGGCUCCAGCUCCAUGGUGGGGUGGAUCGGCAAGAAGGGGCUCCCCCACAUCCGGCAGUUCGCGCUGCGCGGCAAGAGAAGCUCCAAGGUGGUCGUGGACCGCGGCUUCCUCGUCUCCAACGACCACGACCACACCGUGGUGGUGCAGCAGGCCAAGAUCUACCUCGCCUUCCAGCUCAGGUUCUCCUGCCGCCUCACCCACCAGCACAUUAUCAUGGCCUUCGGCAACAGCAUCCCCGUCAAGAACAAGCUCACCAGGCACCAGGACAAGACCUCCUUCACCUUCGAUUUCACCACCGGCAGAGCUUCGGUGGACGGGUCGUUCCCCUACGGCCUGCGGCGCGCGCACGGCGCGCUGAACGUGUUCGCGUGGGGCGUGCUGAUGCCCAUCAGCGCCAUCCUGGCGCGCUACUUCCGGCGGAUGGACCCGCUGUGGUUCUACCUCCACGUCGGCGUCCAGUUCGUGGGCUUCAUCAUCGGCCUGGCCGGCGUCGUCGCCGGGGUGGCGCUGUACAACAAGAUCCAGACCGACACAAAGACAGGAGGCUGA